AAACGCCACAUCAUCUAUUUUUUGUUAAUGAUACUGGACAAAAUUACGCAUCUCAGCAUCUAAAUAUAACCAGCAAAGAAAUAUGCGACGUAAGAUCAAAUAAGACAGCAUUGAUAACAAAUUUGACUCGCAAUACAAUUUAUAGCGUUAAUUCCGAGAAAAGUGUUAUAGCUUUCAUGGGAAAAGAAAUGUUCCUUGUUCUGAGUGAUGACUACCUAGGAACUGAAUAUGUAGUCUCGGUAUACCACGAUAUCAGACGGAGGACUAUUCUGGGAUUGGGCAACCCGACUAGCGAUGAUAUAACUGUCAGCUUGAUAUUCCCUGAAAAAAGAAACUUCGAAGGCAAUUUGUGUCCAAAUGAGAGGUUGAACCUUACUCUGCAGAGUAAUGAAGCAAAAUCUCUAACAUUCAGCUGCGAUAUAACAGGAACACGAAUUAAUUCUUCGGAAAAGCUGAUAGUCUACACAGCAAGUAUACCAUUGAACAAUUCAGGAGGAGCAGAAUAUCUUCUGGAACAACUGUUACCAAUCACAUUAUGGGGAACGCAUUACGUGGUAGUCCCUUUAGGAGACCGUCCUUACGGCAAUGUAUUGACGAUUGUGACUGCCUUUGACGACACGACAAUCCAUAUUUCCGGGUAUGAUUUUGUCACCAUUCCGAACAAGUAUGAUAAGAUCCAAAGACGAGUCGACCUUGAUACUCCUCUAACCAUUCGGUCUUCACAAGUCGUGUCUGUUUUGCAAACAUGUUGGUUCCUCUCUGGAGAUAGUGGUUCGGUUAAUCUCAUUCCUUUUGCUUUUAAAACUGACUUACAGAAAACAUUCGACGACACCGAUUACUUGACAUAUGGUUAUAUAUAUAACAUCGGCUACAAUGGAAGCGAAUAUGUUCCUCUGUCCAAUUACUUUGCAUAUAGAAAUCAGUCUGAACUAUCAACAACUGCACAAGGAUGCACCGUAACAUCAGCUACUCCUAAAAAGAGUGGAGGCACGCAUUGUGGAUUCUCUAAAGACAAAAUUAGUGACAGCGUAUGGCCAAAUAAAAGCCACUUAACCACAGAAGAAUUAGAAGAAAUUUUCAGUUGCUUUUCAGAUAUUGGAGAUAUUUCCUCAGAGAACCAUGACACCUUUGGUACCUUAUUUGUUGUUCCUAACGGUAAUUUCAACACAAGUAUUUUCUGCUUAAUUGGUGGAUAUGACUCCCAACACAUUUUUUCCGAAAAACAAAUCUUCAUAAAGCAACAUACCAAAACUGGGUGCGAGGACGUACUCCAUAGUAUUGUUAAUAAUUCUAUAUCUUUAAAUGUCACUUCUCCGGUGAUCAUUCUUACGAAUCAAAGCGAACUAUCUUUAUCAUGUCAGUACAAAGGGAAUGAUAGCAGCUAUGAUACAAACAUUUUUAUUGUACCUCCUGUUGAUAUUUUAAGUACGGAAUAUAUCGUUACUUUUCCACCUAUACCCCCCGAUGAUGCCGACGGUGAAUGUUUGAUAUUAAGUCUGUUUAACAACACUUCAUAUGCUAUACCGCCGCUGAACGUAUCCGAUACAAUACAAAGGAUGCAACAAAAAAGAAUUUCUUCUAUGGCUACGGGAAUGUUUAUCGUCGCCAACAAAGUCAUUUCAGUUCUGUGCUACAUGUACUACAGAAAUAACCAAUAUAUUAUAAAUCAUCCCCUUCCAUCCUCCGGAUUUUAUUUUCAAUUAAUGAAGUCCCAAAAAGUAACUGAGGAAGAGUUCGUAAUGGUAUCAACAGAAGGAAACACAGCGUUGACCUUUGACAUGGGCACAAUGGAAGGCCUGAACUACACACGGCUUCACAAGAGAAACGCUUUGUUGCAAAAUAUGGGCGAAAAUAAAACCUAUACAUGGAAAGAAAAUAUUUCCACUUUGUUCAUCACUGCCAACAAACCUGUGCUUAUAGCGGUCUACUUCAGACAGAAUGAAACCACAUCGGAUUCUACGCCGUUUAGUCCAAACGGCACCAACUUUGUAUAUGUUCCACCCACAUUCGAUGUUAUUUGGCAGAAAGAAGAAAGUAGCACUUACCUGUCUCAAAACGGAUGGCCAUCUAAUUUUAGAGUCCCCUAUAGAGUAUACCUUUCAACGUUAAACCAGUUCCUCCCUGGUGAUGGAGAAGACAAUGAUCAAGAUGGCUUAGUCGAUGAAGAUAAUUGUCUGUAUUUUAAGGACGAUUACAAAGCUGAAGUGCCGUCUGACCUUGACCUAGAUGGCUCAGAUGGAGAAGACUGCAAAGGAUGUCUUGGGGGUGAGGGUAUGAACAUGUUUUUAACUUGUGAAGCAUGUGAUUAUGGAUUUUACCGUGAAAGAAAGUCGUGGAAGCUCAUAUGUCAGUCUUGUGGAGAGAAUUACACUACAUUUUAUCAAAGCAGUAGCUCACAAAAUGACUGUGUCCCCAUUUGCACGGAAGGAAUGCAACUUAAUAACGAUACGUUGUACAGAGAAAAUUUCGUAACAGUGACCUCUUCCCCUGAG